GUGGCCUCCCAUCUAAUUUCCUCCAGUUGUAUCACGAGAAUCGGAUAUGAAGCAAAAAACAUAUGUUGGUGUUAGAGCCACUAUUUAGUCGUAUCGCGAGAGUCGGUACAUUUGCAUACCACCCCCCAAGGCAAAUGUGAAGUUUUGUCCAAAUAAAAAAAUGUUGCUUUUUUAUUAUUUGGACAAACUUUCACGCAUUUUUUUUAAAUACAAACAAUUGUAUAUUAGUUUAAUAACUGCUGUUAUAUUUAUUUUACCAACAAUUUAUGGUAAUUUGACAUUUAUUAGACAAAAAAGUAUUGAACUCCCGAAGCUACCAUCGCCAGCUAAUGGAAAUUUUCCAUUUACAGGGAAAAAGAUUAGAAGACGUCAAAAGCCAGGUGCCCCUCCACUGACAUUUCAACGUAAUAAAGACAUCGUAAGAGAGAUUAUUCACCUGUUUUAUAUAAAAUGUAGUACACCCAAAAUUGUUGAUGAUGAAAAAUUACAAAUUUGUGAGCUGAAUCAUAAAAAAGACACUGCUGAAACGUGUGGAAUAGACUUUUCACAUUUAAAACUUAAAAAGCCUAGAAUAACUUUUGACGUUGAUGAAGACCGUAGUAACGACUUUGCUGAAGUCGUUGCUAAAGACGGCGGUGACAACGUUGACGAACUCAUAAAUGAAGAUGUUGAAGAAGAUAAUAGUAUUUAUGUAGAUGUUUGAUAUUUUUGAAGAUAGCGAUGACGAUUGACGAUACUAGUAUUUAUAAAGAUGUUGAUACAGCGAUAGUGAUACCAAUUUUUUUUUUAUGAAAUCGGAAUUAGUAUUAUGAAGUUUUUAGAUAAUGAACGGUGUCUUAGCAAAACUAAUA